GAAUAAAAAUGGACGCCGAUUGUAAACAAGCAAUGUUUUGAAUAGUUUUAGUGGAAUGUUUCUUAUGUUUGAGCUAUAAAUCCGUUUUAUGCUGUAUUUAUACGAAGAAGCCAUUUUUAUGGAUUCAUGAGGCACCAUAAUUAGUACACAUUGAGGCACGUCCAUGUAAGACAACAUCAUUGUUAGUGACCAGGAUCCAUCAUGAGUGGCUGGAGGGGUCUUGAAGGGGAGGAUCUUGUCCAGAACCUCCGUCACCUGCUGAUCAACUUUGACCCCCAUAUCCGUGAGGCUGGCUCCUCAGACCAGGUAGAGGAAGCUCUGGUUCACAUGGAGGAAAAUGAUGAAAAUUUCCACAGGUAUGAGUUUGUGCGACAGUUGAAGAGGAGGAUAGAGGAGGUGUUGGGCCCUAUCACUGAGGAUGAAAUAGAGAAGCAGUCCACAUCCACUGGAUCAGUGGACAUUGGUCAAGACACACUGGUCAGCAGGAUCACUGAGCGUGUCAUUCAUUCAAAACACUACAAUGACCUAUCAAGGAAGAUGAAGAAAAAUAUUAUGGAUGCAGUUGAACAUCUGAUGAAGAACUUUGAAUCUGAGUUUGGUACAGGGCGUCAUCGUGACUCUGCUGAUCAGCUCCAGGCCAAUCGACAGACUCGCAAGACAUACAUUGUCAGUGAUGAAGAUGAGUCGUCAUGUGGCAGCUCCUUCAAUCAGGGUAUGAUGUGGUACACUAGCCUGGAGAUGCUGGAGAAUGUUGCUGAGAAACUGGGCAAGACCAAAGACACACAGACUAGAAUAGAGGGAAUGCAGACAUUGAACCAGAACACUCCAGCAGAUUUCGUAAACAGUGAGCAGUGGGUUAGGAUCCGGAAAAACCUCAUGGACGUGAUGGCAGAUACCGACGAACAUCUCUCUUUGCUCAGCCAGAAGUUUAUUGUUAGAGCGUUUACGACCACCUCACAAUAUACCAAAGAAGUGUACACCCUCCUAGCGGACUAUCUAAUUGGCCAGUUCAACUCCAGGCGUGGUCUGAUCCCUAAGAUUAAGAAUGGACUGGAUAUACAGAAAAUUGAAAUCUUCAAACUCAUCAAGGCUUUCCGUCUGCUGAAUGAAUUCCAACAAGAGACCAUUAACUACUGGAUACGCUAUUCUGAUAAGUACCUUGAGAUGGUUCUGGAGAGUACACUAAACCUGUUCUCCAUACACCAACAGGGGGCGCCAGUAGGCACCUCCUCAAGCCUCACUCCUCUACAUUUCGUAUCCCUCAUCGAUCCAAAGGCCCAGUGGUUCAUCAAGUGGAUGCAUGGUAACUACAGUCGGAUGAAACUUUUGAAACUCCUGGAGAAGUACAAGUCUCUGGUAGUGAAUGCUGUACAUCACUGUCUUGAGUUCUCAGCCAACAGGAAGAUGCCCUUUGACCUAAUGAGUGAGGUGUCAGACAGCUUCUCAAAGACGUCUAUCACAGACUCGUCUGGACAUCGUCUCUACUACACGGGAGCAGAGCUAGAGUACUCCUACUUCAUACACUCCGUGUUUCUUCUGGGGCGCCUGCUGUGUUUUGUCAAUGGCCGCAAACUCUUCCCCAUCAAACUGAAGGAUUCAGAAGAACCUGUGACUAUUACAAAGCUGUUGGUGGCCCUGGUGUUGAUAGUGGUCGACCCCAGCUCCAAUCAUGUGAUCUCAAAGUCUGUAUCAGCUCGGUACGAGCCCGGCAGUCUGGUGACGGAGAUCCUUAAGAACCUGUGUAGUUCGGAGCAGGUGUGUGAGAUCUGUUUGUAUAAGGACGAGAUCACCAACACUCUCCUGUCUCCUGUCUCACAGUACCUGGACACAGGGCACAUUCGACCAGGAAGUGAAUAUUACUACAACGAGGACCAUCACCUUGGUAACGAGACCACACUCCUACAUGUGGCGGACAUUGUGUCUAUGAUUGCGUCCAGCACUAAGGGGCGACGUCACCUUAUCUAUGGGGAGAAGAAGGACAUGUUUACCCGCACAAAGUCAUCAGCAGCCCACAUCAUUGCUAAAUUUACGAGGAAGGCAUUAUUGGGGGAGUUACCUCGGGACGCAGGUCCCACCCCCUCCAAGGCUGUCAUUGGAGCGUACCUGUACAUCUGUCGUCAGCUGUAUAACACCUGUGAGGGCUUACUGGUACUCUACCCUUACGACCUCCACAGUGUAGGGGCCAUAGCAUGGAGAGAGGCUAACCGAGAUGCAGACAAUGCAGUCACACCCACACCGUCGGACGACAGCUCCGACUCUGACGUCACCACAAGGCAGGGCAAGGCUGACACACAAGUAUGGGAAGACACCCUGAGAGACAACUUGUUGAACUUUGCUAGCACAGCCAAGGGUAUGCUCCUCCUUCAGCAGACUGGUGCCAUGAACGAGUGUAUGUCCUACAUGUAUAUACGCUACGAACAGAAACUACAGGUGAGCAAGUGUGAAAAGUUUGGGUAUGGCUACAUGGUGACACAAGUGGCUGGGACUGCUCCAGGGAUGGUCGCUCUACAGAAAACAGGCUACAUCAAAGCACUGAUAGCCGAACUGUGGUCAGUAAUGGAGAGUGGACUGUCGGACGCACCGCUGUACACGGCCAAGUCCUGGCCUGUAGACGCUAUAGAUAGGCACUCUCACAAGCACCUGGUCCGUCUCCUCAAUGUCCUGGCUUCCUUUCCCGCUGUUUAUGAAGUCCUUGCCCGUAAACCUCUUCCCACUCAGGACGAGUAUACUUUUCGUGAGAUGCCAGAAACCAUUGCAGGUUUUAUCGAUCGACUGAUCCUUGUGGAUUCUCCCGGAAAAGUUCACUCUCUCUUCAACUACGAACACUCCCAUGUGUUUGGCCUGAGGGUGCUGAGUGUGAUGAUAUCGUGUAGAGACACGUUCCUGCUUCUACAGUCCCAGUAUAGAUUCCAGGACAUUCUACUGAAGGCACAGGGCGAAAAUCACCCCAACGAUCGUGAGGACCUCAUGGUUGAUAUGCUGUCUGUGGAGAGAAAUUAUGUGUUAGUCAAGUCUUACCUGAUAGGAGGACCUUCUGAACGGGUCCUUCCUCCCCGCGUCCUCGGUGAGGAUUCUGUCUACCCCUUUCCAUUGUUUUCAUCAUUCCCUGUACCACGGGAAUACACACCCAGUCUGGGAGGGCGAACUACGCUUAAACAAGCUUUUGUGGAAUCAGAAGAAAAAGAUAACGACUUGACAAAGUUUUUAAGUAACACCAAGACAUUUAAGGCUGACCGUGGGAAGACUACAUGGCUGGAGAGAUGUAAAAACACUCUCACCAAAAUGAUUAUUGCAAAGUCUGACCAGGUCAAAGGCAUGGUGAUACAACAGUUGCUGGAGACGUGUAUACCGCAGAUGACAAAAGUCCCUGAGGAGUCUGUGUUCCCUUUACUGGACUACACUGGUACUGACAGUGCUGUAAAAGCAUAUCACCUGACUCCACUCCAGACAUUUGGCAUCAAAAUAGCUAUCAGGUAUGGAAUACACCUGAAGCUGAUCCACACCUCUUCAGACGUCACAGAGAAGCUCACUCACCUGAUUAAGCAGUGUGCCUGCUUCCUACAGCAGCAGCAGAAGUCUGCAGACACCAACAUCAAAUUCCUACAGGGGAAUUACCCCGGGUUUGACUGGUUUGCAGCCACAGUAUUCCUUAUAUUCAAUGGUAAUGUUGAAAAGUCCUGGCAGUUCCUGUACAAGUUCUCCACCCUCGGCUGUUCUGGUUACCUCUGGACACCCCGUCUCCACUCCUCCGUCCACCUACCGAGUGCUCUCAUGUCCAGUGGUAUUUCCCCACUGUUCUCAAGUACCGGUCAUAACAUUGAACUCAUCCUUCAGAUAGAGCUCCCCCUGGUGGCGUCAGCCUUCCGCAUGUCUGGAUACACACCUGCACAGAUCUGUGUACAUUGGCUGAAACAGUGUUUCUGGGACUACCUGGAUUGGCAGGAUAUCUGUCACUAUGUAUGUGUGUGUGUCGUCAUGGGGAUUGACUAUCAGGUGUACAUCUGUGUGGCCAUACUGCGACACCUGCAAAAACGCAUCAUGGAACAUAUGCAGACACAGGACCUCAUCAUCUUCCUCAAGGAAACUGCUAUUGAUGGAUUUCACGUGUCAUCCAAUCUGAGAUUCAUGAAUGAACUUGAGAAACGCUACAGGAAAAUUGUGUUAUCUGACAUGUUGAACAUAUCCAAGCCCUGACCAAAUAGUUGACUGCAAAGACAAAAGACUUUUGAUAAUGUCACAGACUUGUGAGGACAACACUAGCUCUGAUGGACUUCCGUCUGGACUUGGAAAUCUCUGAUGGACUUCCGUCUGGACUGGGAACUCUCUGAUGGACUUCCGUCUGGACUGGGAAAUCCUGUAAAUACAGCUACACCCAGACUUGUGAGGACAACACUGGCUCUGAUGGACUUUCGUCUGGACUGGGGAAUCCUGAAAAUACAGCUACACCAGAAAAAUAUAAUACCAAAGAUAAUUUCAGUUUUUGUUCAAAGCAACAUUGGUGCAAUGAUAUUAUUCAAAACUAUGAAUGCAUAAAGUCAUCUCAUUUCAAUUAUAGAUAUAUUUAAUUCAUGUAUUUAAAGUUCAAAAUUGCAAUGUUUGAUAUAAAAUAAAAUGUUGACAGUUGUCAGAAUGCAUAAGGAUCAUGUAUGGGGAAAUGAUAUUUGAAGCAGUUUUUAUCAAGUGUCUCCUAAGUGUGGGAUACACACUAUAAUCAUGUAAUGGGUUACAAUAAAAUGUUAUUAAUGAAGACACUCUGGUUCAGAGAAAAUGUCCCGAUUAAUAAAUCGAGUGAAACAAAACAGAAGUUUAAUCAAAGUUUUGAAGAUCAUGAUUUCAAUACUUCAAGAGCAAGGUUACUAAAAAGGUUUCAUAACAGGUCGCACAGUAUUGUUCUAGAUGAUACCAUAUAUAGUCACCGAGGUGUGGUACUGCAAGCUGCGUUUGACACCUAUAGACAAAAUUCUUUGAUCAUGUGUGAACCUGAUAUAUCUUAAAGAAAACUUCACUGUUUUGCUAUGUUGGAGAACAUUAAAUAUAAAUGGUACAGAAAAGAUUAAUAAUUAAUGUCUGUUGAAAUCAAGUGUUAAAAAUACCGGUAAAUUGUAUUUUGUGAUUUUUUCUGUGAUAUUUGAAUUUGAAUUUAGCUUUCACUAUUUUGUAGCAAUACUAUUGUACAAUGAAUCAUUGUGUCGUAUACCUGGAACCUAAUCCAGUGAAAAUAAUUGUGAUAUGUUUUAUCUUAUGUGAAUAUAAUGUAAUAUCUUGUCAUUAAAUUAUAUGAAUCUCAAUUA